AUGGAACUUGCUGGUUUAAGUGUUGCUCAAGCAAUUGCCAAAGUAUAUGAUAAAUCAAGAUAUCCACGUGUUCUAAUUUGUUGUGGCCCAGGAAAUAAUGGAGGAGAUGGUCUUGUCGCUGCGCGUCACCUUUUUCACUUUGGAUAUAAACCAAAUAUAUUUUAUCCUAAACAAACCAAGAAUGAAUUAUAUCAGCGAUUGAUAAUUCAAUGUAAUAAUCUUGAUAUUCCAUUUAUAAAUAAUUUGUCUGAUCAACUUAAACAAAGCGAUCUAGUGGUAGACGCUAUAUUUGGAUUUAGUUUCACUGGUGAAGUAAGAGCACCUUUUGAUCAAGUUAUUCAGGAGCUAAAAGAAACAAAAUUACCAAUUGCUUCAAUCGAUAUACCGUCUGCAUGGGACGUUGAAAAAGGCAACAUUGAUGGUCGCGGUUUUACGCCGACGAUGUUAAUUUCUUUAACAUCACCAAAACUCUGUGCAAGACAAUACAACGGGAUACACUUUCUGGGUGGUCGUUUUGUACCUCCAAAAUUAGAGAAAAAAUAUGACCUUCAACUUCCUUUAUAUGCCGGUACCGAACAAGUGAUAGAUAUUACUAAUUUAUCAGGUGAAAAAUUGUGA